AUGGGUGACAGUUUAUUUGAAGGCUUGCCUCCUCCAUCUCAUCAGCAACAAAGCCAAGAAGCAGAGGCUAAUGAUAUUUCAGAAACAACUAAGAGACAAUCAUCUCCAGUGCCAGCCCCAACAAAGCCAGCUUUGAAAAGUGCCCUCAAGCGCCCUAAACCAGUGGAAACUAAACCAGACCCGGAAGAUGCUGCAGCUGAAAAAGUCUCUGCAUCUGGAAAGCGGUUGAGGUUUAAAACGACAACAGAUGCCUCGGAGAUGCAAGUUAUAGAGGCCAUGAAGAAGAUAGCAUCUCAUAUCAAGACUCCAACUAAGUUUUCUAAGGCUUCGAAGCUUGCCAUACAGCUAAUUCAGGCUGGAAGUAUAAAACCAGGAACUAGUGACCACUUCUUUGCCAUACUCGAGGCUGCAAUGUCCUCAACCACUUCUUGCACGGAGCCUUCUGUGCGGGCAGAUUAUCAUGCCUUGUUCUCAGCAGCUCAAGAUGCAGCUGAAUGUCUGAACAUGAAGCAGAAGAAUCAAUUAGCUACCUGGACAAUUAGAGCAGUGGUAGCAAAUGACUUAUUCACUGAUGACAGCUUUGUGUUUUCAAAGACAGCUGGACGAGUAAAAGAUGCCAUAACUGAUCUUCCAGUUGCAACCAAGGAUGAUGACAUAGAAGAAGCUGCAUCACUAAACAAUAAGGCAGCAACACCUGAUGACUUCAGUGAAAGAGAAGAUACAACUUCAGGUGCUGAAACUGAAGAGAAUAAGAAGGAUGAGUCCGAUCCAUUUGGGCUUGAUGCUCUGAUUCCAAGCACUGUGAAGAAAGAUGAGAGGGCAAAGGGUAAGAAAGAUAUGCCAGCCAUGGUGAGGAAGGAGGAGGAAGAAGAGAAAAAGAGAUUCCUAAAGUCCCAGAGAGAGGCCUUGAUUUUUUGUUUAGAGAUUGCUGCCCGGCGUUACAAAACACCAUGGUGCCAAACAGUGAUAGACAUUUUGGUAAAGCAUGCCUUCGAUAAUGUUGCAAGGUUCACAUCUUGCCAAAGAGAUGCCAUUGAGAAACUUUGGGCUUCCAUACGGGAGCAGCAAAUGUGUAGAAAACAAGGGAGAUCAGUAAAUGGGAAACUUGAUGUGAAUGGGUUUGAAUGGCUUCAACACAAGUAUGCUGGUGAGAAAAUCAGCAUUCGGCACUCUGUUGGUGGCAGUGGGGAUCGUCGUGCUUCACAGUGGCUUGGUUAA